GUAGGAUUCGACCGAAUCUUUCGAAAGAGAAGAGAAGAAAUUAUGAACCUGUAUCAGCUGAAUCAGAGAGAGUUCGAGUUAAGUUUGGUGGGACAAGGAAAGAGUUUGCGUUUGAUAAGGUUUUUCAUCAAGAUACAACUCAAGAAAGUGUUUUUGUUGAAGUGGAGCCAAUUCUAAGAUCUGCAAUGGACGGGCACAAUGUGUGCGUUUUCGCUUAUGGUCAAACCGGCACAGGCAAGACAUUCACCAUGGAUGGUACAAAUGAGCAGUUAGGGAUUAUUCCUCGAGCUAUUGAAGAACUCUUUCGUCAAGCGUCAAUGGAUGCUUCGUCCUCUUUUACUUUUUCAAUGAGACAUCUGAAUGAACCAACCAUGUGCAGAUGUAAUAUGGACAGUCAACUGUUUGAUAUACUUUCAAAAGUUCUCUUGUUUCUCAUGUAUUUUGAGUUUUUGUAUAUGAUACAGUGGUUGUAAUUUAUUAAUUUCUU